CCCACACUCAAAAACACACACAUAUAAACACAGUCCUUCUCUCCCAGCCACCCUUCUUUCUCGCUGAAGUCUCGGCAUCACAAUCAUCAUAGCUGCUAAGUCUAAUCUUGCAGAAUUUUGUUCUGAUAUCUGGAGGUCGAAGUGAUUGAAAAUGGCUGUAACUGCAACUCCUGCUGUGUUUAUGACCACAACUAAUCCUUGCAUAUCUUCAUCCCACAAAAGAAUUAUGACAUGCACAGCAAAUCUCAGUACCCAGUCUAAAGAGUCAUCUUGGACAAGGCUUACAAGCUCUUCUCACAUCUCAUCAAGGCAGCCACUCUUCCAGAGCUUCACAUCAGGACAUGUAAAAUCCCGAAAGGUCAUUACAAGAGCAAUGUCCGGUGCUGAUGAGAGCAAGCCUCUGUCAGGAUUGCCUAUUGAUUUGAGAGGUAAGAGAGCAUUUAUCGCUGGUGUUUCUGAUGACAAUGGAUAUGGAUGGGCAAUAGCAAAAUCUCUCGCUGCUGCGGGUGCUGAAAUUCUUGUUGGUACAUGGGUGCCAACACUGAAUAUUUUCGAAUCCAGUUUACGGCGUGGGAAAUUUGACGAAUCACGCAAAUUACCAGAUGGGUCUCUUAUGGAAAUUACUAAAGUGUAUCCAUUGGAUGCAGUCUAUGACAAUCCUGAAGAUGUUCCUGAGGAUGUAAAAGCAAACAAACGUUAUUCAGGAUCCUCAAAUUGGACCGUUCAGGAAGUUGUUGAAGCUGUGAAACAGGAUUUUGGGAGCCUUGACAUCCUUGUGCACUCACUUGCCAAUGGGCCAGAGGUUAGCAAACCUCUCUUGGAGACUUCAAGGAACGGAUACCUUGCAGCUGUCUCCGCAUCUAGUUAUUCGUUUGUUUCUUUACUCAAGCAUUUUGUUCCAAUAAUGAAUCCAGGCGGCGCUUCAAUUUCCCUAACAUACAUUGCUUCUGAAAGGAUCAUUCCAGGAUAUGGUGGAGGCAUGAGCUCGGCAAAGGCUGCUCUGGAGAGUGACACACGUGUGCUGGCUUUUGAAGCUGGAAGAAAACACAAAGUCAGAGUCAACACAAUAUCUGCUGGUCCAUUAAGAAGUCGUGCUGCAAAAGCAAUUGGUUUUAUUGAUAUGAUGAUUGAUUACUCCUCGGCCAAUGCUCCCCUACAGAAAGAAUUAUCCGCAGAGGAGGUUGGGAAUGCCGCAGCCUUCCUGGCUUCUCCAUUGGCUUCAGCUAUCACAGGUGCUGUUGUGUAUGUUGACAAUGGUCUAAAUGCAAUGGGAGUUGGAGUCGACAGCCCAAUAUUUGAGAACUUAGAUAUUCCCAAAGGUAACUAGAGCUAGAGAUUGAGAUUACAAAGUUGUGUUAAAUGUAUCCAAUGGUGGUUUCUAUUGAAAAUUUUGAUCCAUCUAAAACAACAGUUGUUUUCUUACUUCUUGUAUGUUAUUCUGUUUCAUUUUAGAAUGACUUAUUUCGAUGACAAGCCACAAAUUUGGAAUUCAUUUGUGU